GAUCCUCCUCUGUUAAGCAGCUAAGGAAAACAAUUUAUGGAGAGAUUCUAGAAGUGAGUUUUUUUAAAACCUGAUUUAGAACGUAAACGCUACAAACACUGCGCUUCACAGUACUUGUUGCAACCCAAUAACCCUAUCGCUCUCUUUACGGAGAAAAAGGUCCCUUUUCAUUUAUGGGAAACGAGGUGGUGUUUAAUGCGGCUAAGCCAUGGACCCCAGAGGACAAGCAAGAGUGCCCUAAAAUCACCUGCAAACAGAAAGCUAGUGAGCUAGGCAAGACAUUCAGGGAAACCCACUCACAUUUCUUAAGAGUGUGUGGUAGCCAAAAGAGUGUGGCAGGGAGUAAGCAAGUUGUUAGAGUGGCCUGAUUUGGAAAAACAGACUUGGGAAGAACUAACCUUGGGUUUGAGUGAUAGAUCCUCUUUUCGAGGACCCAGAAAGAAACCUUCAAGGAAACGGGACGGAAUGGGUGCCCUCAUACUAGGGAACUGGAACGUUCCCCUUCUCGUAAUCAGGAAGGAGCAUUGGAAACUGCUGGGUAACCUAAAGACGACUGUAGAGGGCCUGGUGUCGAUCAAUAAUCCCAAUGUCUGGUCUAAGUAUGGCGGCCUGGAGCGGCUCUUCAGGGACAUGCACAGCAUCCUGUAUCAUGGGCUCAUCCCUGACAAGGUGUGCUGUAGGCAGAAAGAUUACUGGCAGUUUGUGAAGGAUGUUUGUCAGCUGAGUCCACACGUGGCCCAUCACAUUGAGAAGUUUAUCAAUCUGCCUGAGAAUGGACAGCGGAGCACUGAUGGUGUCGGCGACGGAGCCAUUGCCGAGUUGUGGCUCCAGCACAGUCUGCAGUUCCACUGCUUGUCAGCUCAGCUGAAGCCUCUCCUUGGGAACAAGCAGUACAUUCGGAAAUUCUAUGCAGACUCGGCUUUUCUGCUCAGUGAUGCCCAUGUCACAGUCAUGUUGCAGUGCUUGGAGGCCGUAGAGCAGAACAAUCCUCGGCUGUUGGCUCAAAUUGAUACAUCCAUGUUUGCCAGAAAGAUCGAGGCUUCUGUGCCUGUGACAAAGAGCCGAAGCCUCACAGCGCUUCCUGGGUCCAUAUACACCCCUCCUGCUGAGUGCACAACCUACCGGUAUUUGGGCUCCUUCUCAGGUCUUCACUCAGUAUCUACCAGUAUCCAAGACAGGAGACUAUCAAACCCUUUGGUUUGCUGUAGCACCACCCAGCCUCAGGAAAACACACUGUGUGCCUCAUCACAUUGGCAGCCAGAGGGCAGGUCCCCCCAAUGCCUAGCUGCCCCUCUUCCGCAUUUCACCAUCUGUUGCCCAAAAGACGACUCCUUCCCCGCUGGCGAGACGAGUGCCAGCACCUCAGCCAGCCAGACCGAUGAUCCCUGGGCAGGCAGCCAGGAUGACAUGGAUGGCCCAGAGUAUCUGGCAAUUGGAAACCUGGGCCGGCCCAGCCGGGCCUGUAGCAGCCAGAGCAGAUCCAGCACGUCCACCACCAACAGUGCCGAGAGCAGCACGUCCAACCUCUUCUCAUCCAGCAGCUCUCAGAAGCAGGAAUCCAUUUCCUCCUUGGGGGAGCAGAGAGCAAGUGGUGCUGAUGGUGGCAGCGGCAGCAACCGGGGGAUGAACUUCCUGCGCAGGUCCAGCUUCUCAGAGGGACAAACAUUAACACCCCAUGGGAUGCACAGGAGGAGCCACGUACGCUCCCAUUCGGACACCAGUGUGGCCUCUGGAAAAGUGCACGGAGGGCACAGGGACAUCGGCAUUAUAAUAGAAGAUCCUGUAGCAGAGUCCAAUGGAGACCUCUCCAGAUUCAAAGGCAGCAUGGCCUGCUUAGGGCAGAACAGUGAAGUGAGCACACCUGGUUCAGUCUGCAUGGACUAUGAUACUGGUCUGCAUCUGAACUCUGGAGAAGGGAUGUUCCGGAGACCAUCAGAAGGCCAGUCCCUUAUUAGUUACUUGUCAGAGCAAGAUUUUGGCAGCUGUGCAGACUUGGAAAAGGAAAACGCUCACUUCAGUAUCUCAGAGUCCCUCAUUGCUGCCAUUGAGCUGAUGAAGUGCAACAUGAUGAACCGGCAGCUGGAAGAGGAAGAGGAGGACAGUGACAAGGAAAUCCAGGAGCUCAAACAGAUGAUCCGCAUCCGGCGGCAACAGAUCCGGACCCGGCAUCUCCAUCCAGGCUACCGGGAGAUGGGCUUAGACAGUCUGAUGGCAACAGACAGUGGAUCCCAUUUCAGUUCCCGAGACUCAACACUCCUAUCUGAUUCGGGUUCUGCGGAAGAGGUAGAUGAGUAUGAGAUCAGAGAUGGUAACGAUGGAUCUAACCUCAUUCAAAUGUCCAACAAUGGCCUGUCCGUCUCAAUGGCUUCCUUGUUUUCAGAUGCCGACAUCAAGCGGACUGUAGCUCCCAGCAGGAAGUCCUUCUUCUCCUCUGGCUCCAGCAGCCUGAACUCCACCUCAGCAGAGGCCGUGGCCAUGGGUCUCCUGAAGCAGUUUGAAGGGAUGCAGCUGCCUGCCGCCUCGGAGCUGGAGUGGCUUGUGCCAGAGCACGAUGCCCCACAGAAGCUGUUGCCAAUUCCAGAUUCUGUGCCCAUCUCUCCUGAUGAUGGGGAACACGCCGAUAUCUACAAACUCCGAAUUCGAGUCCGUGGGAAUCUAGAAUGGGCGCCACCAAGGCCACAGAUCAUCUUCAAUGUCCAUCCAGCACCAACGAGGAAGGUGGCAGUGGCCAAGCAGAAUUACCGCUGUGCGGGCUGUGGUAUCAGGACCGAUCCUGACUACAUCAAGCGCAUGCGCUACUGUGAGUACCUGGGCAAAUACUUCUGCCAGUGCUGCCACGAGAAUGCCCAAAUGGUCAUCCCCAGCCGAAUAUUGCGCAAGUGGGAUUUCAGCAAAUAUUACAUCAGCAACUUCUCCAAGGACCUGCUGAGCAAAAUCUGGAGCGACCCCCUAUUCAAUGUACAGGAUAUCAACACUGCCCUCUACCGUAAGAUCAAGCCACUCAACCAAGUCAGGCUGUUGAGAAUCCAACUGUACCACAUGAAGAACAUGUUCAAGACCUGUCGCCUAGCUAAAACGCUUCUGGAUGCCUUUGAUGCUGUGCCAGGCCACUUGACGGAGGACCUCCACUUGUAUUCCUUAAACGACCUGAGUGCCACCAAGAAGGGGGAGCUCGUUCCCCGCUUGACGGAGCUCCUCAAGGCAGGUACCCUGCACAUUGAGAAAUGCAUGCUGUGUCAGGCCAAGGGCUUCAUCUGUGAGUUCUGCCAGAAUGAGGAGGACAUCAUCUUCCCUUUUGAGCUGAAUAAGUGCAGGACGUGUGAAGAAUGCAGAGCGUGCUAUCACAAGACCUGCUUCCGGUCUGGGUCCUGUCCCAAGUGUGAGCGCCUGCAAGCGCGGAGGGAGCUGCUGGCAAAGCAAAGUAUGGAGGCCAACAUCUCGGACUACGAGGAGGAGCAGGAGGAGGAGGCAGCAGUGGCGGCAGCAGCCAUGGCAGGACCCACCACGUGACAGUCAACUGGCUGCGUUUUGGCACAUGCCGUAUGCCACCAAAGACUAAACUGACAAGUAACUUAACCUGAUUCUUCAGAAGCCAUGAAGCCCACGUGAUGGCGGGAUUUGAAAUGGGUCUUCUGCAGCCAGCUUGGGAGACGGCAGUGUUUCUUUCUGUCUGAGCCACCGGACUGGGGAGAAAAUGGCCUGGUUGCUCUUUCUGCUGCCAUCUCCAAUGCACUACAAAGCUAAGGUUCAGAUGGUGGCUGGUUCUGUCUGCCUUCCAGGCUUGAAUGCCUGAACCUCGCUCCAUCUGGAGGAUGACAACAUUGACUGGCUAGCUGGGGAGCAUGUGACAGAGUUUCUGGUGAAGUAUCAGCACACUCCUAAAGGGAAAACAAACCGCUGGAAUCCUCUUACUUGCUGUCUUGGCUGCCGAGUGCCAGCAGAGGCAGCAGCUUUGAUUUUCUUUUGCCAAAACCACUGCCUAUAAAUAACCCCAUAUAUUUUGCUGCUGAAUUUCACUUGUCCAGCCCUCAUGCAGUGCCUGAAGGAUAUAUGGUUAUGUGGGGAAAUCAAAGAACAAGAAGCAGCACAUCGCCUGCCCUUUUCUACUGGGAUCUGCCCCCUGCCAGAAAAACUGGUGAUGCAGAAAAUCGACCAGGAGGGGAAGCUGUGUGGUGGGGAGGGGGGCCUUAGUAGGCCAUGAAUUCCUCCCCCACUUCUCCAAAUGUUCUGCCCGCAAUCCUCCUCUGCAUUAGAGAGACCACAGCUUCCGUUUCCUACCCUAUUCUCUCAUUCCCACCUGCCUGACAUGUCUUUUUGCAGGCUGGACAGUCCUCUUCUAGGGGACUCAUCCCGGCGAGCCUCUGGAAAGAAAUCUUGGAUCUCAACUAGUGCAGUGGCCAGCCUUGAGAUAUAUCCGUAUCAGCGACGGAAGGUUCCCGGUGCUCUUUCCACUUCUGCUGCUGUCCUUGCAGUCAUGUCAGUUACCUUGAGAGAAGAAUGCCAAGGAACUGGCAAAGUGGGAGGGGCUGGAAUGGGCAGGUUCAUUUCCAUUUUAGAGUGCAGAAGACUUUUAUUACUGGCCAUGUUUAAAGCGGGAUGCCAAGCAGGCCACAACGAUGGGAAAUAGCAGUUUCUUAGGAGGCCCAGUGUGGGCCUAGUGCUGGUUCCUUUCCUCAUUCUUGCAGAAGUUUGUUCACAUCCGAAGAGUAGGGCUGAUGUAUGCUAGUGAUACUUAACGCAGUAGUUUUAAUGAAAUCACAGUUUUUGUUAGCCACUUUCCAUCUGCUGAAAUGGAAGGGCUGGAUAGCUGUGCUGUUAGGCUAAAUGGGGCCUAGGUCAAUUUCCAAAACAAGCAAGACCUUCACGCAUCCUUGGAUGCCAGGCAGGCAACAAGUCAGUCCAGCUUGUUGCACUUUCACCCUCCUCAGUCUCAACCCUGCAGACAGCCUUUCCACUGCUAACCCAGUAGUGGUGUGCACGGAACUGCCGCAGCGCAGUCCGGCACUGAGGGGGGUCUACCUUUAAGGGC